UUUUUAAUCUUUUAGUUUUUAUUUUAUUUAUUUAUUUCAACGGCUGAAAAGAGAAAAGGGCAUAGAAUUUGUUAAACGAAGGAUACGACUUUUAUCCGAUCCGAGCUCCUUCCUCUUGCUGCUUAUUUCUUUUCCCCUGUAAGACCUCCCAAGCUUUUUCCUCGCCGGAACCCUACCGGAGUCUCCAAAUCCUCAUCUCUCCACCACACCUCGCUGGAGAUGCCCUUCUCCCUCCGCCAUCUCCUCUGCCUCUCCCCGCUCCUCUCUCAGCCGAGCCCUAUCCGCUCCCGCCACCAAUCCAUUCUUCCCGCCAACAUUUCCAAGACCUCCCUCCACUUUUCCCUCCGCGAAAAUUUCAAAUUCAUCGCGAAAGCUGCUUCUGUUAGCAGUCCUGGUGCUGACUAUCCCGAACAGUUGGUGGAUGAUGCCCAAAGGAAGCGGAGGAGGAGGAGCGUGGCGGGAGUCGACCAGGAGGAUCUGGUAGACCCGGAAAAAUUAGCUGAUCCUGAUAGCUUCUUUUGUGAGUUCAAUGGAGUUCAGAUACACCACAAGAUAUGCGACCAUGAGGCCGAAGAAGAGGUAAAGGAGCAAUCUUUUCAGGUUACGGGCAGUGGAGUUGCGAGACUUGGAUUGCCCAUGAUUCUAUUGCAUGGUUUUGGGGCCUCGGUGUUCUCGUGGGAUAGAGUGAUGAAGCCUCUGGCACGGUUGACUGGCUCGAAGGUUCUUGCCUUUGAUCGGCCUGCCUUUGGGCUGACAUCAAGGGCAAGUUAUUUGGGGCAGCAGGGUGUUGGUGGUGGCGAUGCUAGGCCUUUGAAUCCAUACUCGAUGGCCUUCUCUGUGCUUGUCACACUCUCAUUUAUGGACUUGUUAGGUGCCGGAAAAGCCAUUUUAAUGGGGCACUCCGCUGGUUGCCUUGUAGCAGUUAAUACAUACUUUGAAGCUCCUGAGAAGGUUGCUGCACUGAUCUUGGUUGCGCCAGCAAUUUUUGCGCCACUUAUUUCGCAGAAAGUGGUAAAGGAGAAUGAGAUGGAGAAAGCAAACAAGAUAGAAAAUGGAGAAUCAAAUUUAAAUGUUCAUCAGCAUCCAUUUGUAAGGAUUUGGAAGGCUUUAUGUAAGCUAUGUAUGGGUCUUAUUGGGGUGGCUUUUGGGAUUUUAUCAGGGAUGAGAGAUAUGGUUAGCUCACUUUAUAUCAAAGCUUUAUCUGCAAUUCUACGGUCUGCCUUUGCUGUAAUGCUGGUAAGGAUGAUCAUGGAUAAGUUUGGUAUACUUGCUAUUAGAAAUGCAUGGUUUGAUGCAAACCAAAUCACAGAUCAUGUCCUUCAAGGUUAUACAAAGCCAUUAAGAUCUAAGGGUUGGGAAAUGGCCCUUUUGGAGUACACUUUAGCCAUGCUUACAGAUUCUGCAUCUAAACCACCGCUGACUAAAAGACUUGCUGAGAUCUCAUGCCCUGUGUUGAUCAUUACUGGUGACACCGACCGCCUUGUUCCUUCCUGGAAUGCUGAGCGCUUAUCAUGGGCCAUACCAGGUUCUACACUUGAAGUAAUCAAGAAUUGUGGACACUUACCUCAUGAAGAAAGGGUAGAAGAAUUCCUAUUGGCUGUGGAAAGGUUUCUUCAAAAAGUUUUUGGAGUUUCAAACAGGCAGUUCUCCCCAGCAGCAGCAUGACUAUGGUAGCAACGAAUACGAGUAGAAAACAAGCAAUUCUUUAGCAACCAGAGCCCAACAUGUUGAUAAAUCAAUAGAAACAAUAGUACUGAAGCCAUAAUUGUUACUGCUUCUUGCAGAGGACAGAUCUGUCCCUGGUUCUUUUGCCACAGAGGACAAUCAAAUUCUACUGAAAUUCAAAUGAUUUUUAGUCCUCCAUAAGUUGGUCUGGCUUAGGACUUUGAUGUAACAAUGUUAUCAUCUUAUAAGAACAGAAUAUUUUGAUUACUUGUAGAAACUAGCUGAAGCUGAAAUCUUGUU